GGGGCGUCUCUCGCGUUGGCCGAUACUCUCCUUUUUUCCCUUAAAAAGUCUCUCCCGAGGCCUCGUCCGAGGCGGGGUUGGGGAGUUCCCGUGUGACGUUCCGUCACGUAUCUGGCCCCGUGGCGCGGAGGUUUACUCAGCGCCCUCCACGCGAGGGGCACUGCCGAGACCCGCCGGCUGUCGGGCCCACCCUCGCACCGCGUCCCGGCCCGCGGGAACCUGCCGGCUGCGCGCCGCGGGGGACGGAGCGCUGACGAGGGCCUGCUUUAAAGCUUUGACGUGCUGCAUGCAGCUUUUUAACCUAUCGAAGCUGGAAACCUCCAGUAUCGCUUAAAGCCCCUUCCUUACCCUGUUUUGGGCAGCGCUGUUCCUCAAGGACUGUUGAAGGUGUGUGACGUUAAGAUAAGGCCCCUUCCCCGCCCCCAGCCCGGUGUCUGCCCCGGCCCGUGGGCCUCCUCCCUGGCAGGGCACAGCAGCCGGGCCCCGGCCCCGGCCGGCCAGAGUCCUCCUCGGUGCGGUGCAGAAGAGUGCUGGCUCGCCGUCUUCACGAGCCCUGGCCAGCCAAGCCUGCGAGCGGUUGAGCAGGCCAGGUCAUCAUAGGUAUUUAAAAGGAAGAUGGUUGGUACGGCAAGUCUUUCAUUUUAAAUAAAUUCUACUUUCUACUGGAAAAUACAGAGGGAGAAAAAUACCCUUCCCAUCAUCCCAUCAAGAAGUUGACUGUGCAUGCUCUGAUGGUAACUUCUAGCCUUUACACUGACUGAAGGCAGACGUAAUGUUGUGUCUUUGAGGACUACGGUAUCUCCCUACUUUGUUUAGGUUGUAUCUCAAGGGAUUGCUGCAGGCUGGCAUUGCUGUUGAUGUAGUUUGGGCUCUGACUGACCUUGAAAGGUCUGAGAGGAAGGUGUGACUUUAGAUUUUUUUUUUUUUCCCCCACGUUAGCCUAACAGUUUAUGUAUCUUUUGAGGUUUUCAGCCUUCUUCCUGCAAAAGGUGACUUUUUAAUGGGAUUAAUAAAUGUGUUUAGUAGUGUUGCUAUCUGUUGUAGUUGCUUAGUUGCAUUGCAUGUUCAUUCAAGGCCAGCUGUGAGGCGCUGUAACCUGUAGCGUACAUCCAACCUGUUUGGCAGCGUGGGCUGUGUUAGCGCUAAUUCCUACCAGAGUAGCUCAGAGAAGGCACGGAGUUGUCCCGUUCUGAACUUGUUUGCAGUUCCCAGGAGAGAGAGGUCCACGGAACAUAGAGCCAGAGGAACAGCAGGCCAAAAUCCAUUCCCCCCCCCAACUGUAGGCCACUGAGUUAAAUUUGGUACAGCGUAUCCGUAAGCUAUGUUUUCGUGACAACAUGGUGGCAAUAAGACAUCGCCCAGGAUGCGUCAAGUAAUGAUUUCUGGUAAAGACCUUGCUUACAACAGGCUUUCCCGAAGCAAUUGUGUGGCUUGCAGCUAAUUGAAGAUACACCGAUGCUCUGUUCUUUGGGGUUGUAUUAAACUAGAGAGAAAAUAGGUUUGCAUUGGAUGAGUAGAGUGAAAGAGGCUGGGUAAUCCGGUUCAGUAGCAGUGCUGCUGACUCCCGGUGAUGGUGUGGUACUAUUGUGACACUUCUAUAGCGCAGAUUUUCUUCGGACUCUGUCAAGAAUUCAAUCUUUUAUAAAAUAUUAGUGCAGACAGGUUUCUCAAGACCGUCACUUCACUGCACAUGCAGUUACCCUCCCCGCUCCGUGUAACUGCUCACCCAGCGCCACCAAUGACAAGAGUUGAAAGAGCCUCAAUCUGGAAUGCUGGGAAUGCCGAAAGUUACUUCUUUUUUUCCUUCUCAUGUGCUGCGGAAGCAAACUCUGCUAGGUCAUGUCCUGAAUAGGAGAGACAAGGCAGUGUUUAGUGUCAAAUAGUUGUCACUAGCCUGGAAAUCCAGAAAUCCUGUGUAUGUCUCUAUUCAAAUCUUUAAGGAAAGCAGGUUUGCUGCUGCAGAAAUGGGGGAGUAUGGAGUCACACCAGGCCAGCGCGUGGCCAUCAUCUGGGAUAGCUCCUCGCCAGUUGAAGCCCUGAAGGAUUUGGUGGAUAAAAUUCAGGCGCUGGUGGGAGCUGAUAAUCGUGUCUCUGUGGAAAACGUUAACCAGCUGUCUCAAUCGGCUCACAGGGAGUCCAGUUUUGAUGUAAUUCUCUCUGGCAUGGUACCAGGCAGUACUGCACAGCACAGCAUGGAGGUACUGGCAGAAAUAGCUCGCAUACUUAAGCCGGGGGGCCGUGUCCUCCUGAAAGAACCAGUGGUUACAGAAUCAGGAAACAACAGCAGAAUCAAGACAGCAGCCAAACUCCCUACAUCUCUGACUCUCUCUGGGUUGGUGGAAGUGAAGGAGCUGCAAAAGGAAGCGUUGACCCCAGAGGAGGCCCAGUCGGUCCGAGAGCAUUUAGGUUACCAAGGCAAUGACCUUCUCAUUGUUCAAAUAGAAGGCAGGAAACCCAAUUUUGAAGUGGGAUCCUCAAGUCAGCUCAAACUUGCCUUUGCCAAGAAACCUGGUCCUUCAGGAAAGCCCUCUGUGGACCCAGCCGCUGCCAAGCUGUGGACACUCUCUGCCAAUGACAUGAACGAUGAAGAGAUGGAUCUUCUGGACUCUGAUGAGCUGUUGGAUUCAGAGGAUUUGAAAAAGCCAGAUCCAUCGUCCCUCAGAGCCCCAUCCUGCAAAGAAAUGGGCAAAAAGAAAGCCUGCAAGAACUGCACAUGUGGCCUGGCUGAAGAGCUGGAACAGGAGAAGAAGAGCUCACAGCCCAAAUCUGCCUGUGGAAAUUGCUACCUGGGAGAUGCGUUCCGCUGUGCCAGCUGCCCUUACCUGGGGAUGCCUGCCUUCAAGCCUGGGGAGAAGAUUCUCCUGAAAGAGAACCAGCUGCAUGAUGCCUAACAAAGACAUCUCUGGAUGUCCCACAAAGGACUCCUCUGCUUUUCCAUCAGUCUGAGGUUCUUCCUGCAGCCCUCCUCAUCCUCUCAAACUCAUGCUCUCCGGCCAAUACCCCUUGUGGGGAGGGACACUGGGCACUGACAGUGCUGUGAGCUCAUCACUUAUAAUCAACCUGGGGCUACCUGAUAAUCUUUGGUGACAAGUGGUCUCGUACGUGUUAGACUUCAUGUUUUAGCUGGCUUGGCGUGAUACUGGGACGCUGGCCGUCACAGCAUGUCCCACCAGCAGAGGGAAGUAGAAUCAAGUGUCAGGUUGACCUCAUGCUGACGGCAGGGCCGGUACUUCCCCAUGCCCAUGGUACAGCUCUAAUUUGCCCUGAUUUUCCCUGAUGAAUCAGCUCAGCUCUCAGGUGGCACUAGCCUCCUGCUCUCUGAAACUGGAACCUGCCAGUUCCUUACCACGUGAAGGUGGCUUAGCAACUCCCGUUGCAAGUCAGGAGCAGUGAGUACACUUAGCAGUAUGUACUCUUAGCAGCGCACCUGAAUGCCUUGAUGAAGUCUAGCAGGCAUGAUGAAUUUCUGAGUGUUUCAGGAGCCCAGCCCAUGAUAUCCCCUGCCCCUGCCUAUUUUCAUCAAAAUGACAAAGAUUCAGUCCCACUGAGCAAACUCCUGCCCUUAAGGCAGGCAGCAGAUUAAACAAGAUCUGAGUUGUCCUCCCACACCUUUCUGUCCAACGUGAGCUGGUAACACAAGAGCAAUCUGAGACUGUCACCUCUCGGUGGUUACCAAGUGAGCUACCUGCAGCGUCCAAUAAGUAAGAAGAUAGCAAUAAAUUAAUUUCUAGAUGAUCUGUGGUCACCAUCUGCUCCCGCUCCAUGAGAUACUGACUAUUUAUUUAUUUGCAUAAUUUCUGCUAGUGAAGCAUCUGUGCAGGUGCAGGAUAAGGGAGCUGUUCGCAUUCUGUGCCAGGCUGGCUUCUCACCCAGGGAGGGAGAGGAGGAAAACCCAAAGCCAGUGUCUCAACAGGGAUUGCUUUGUUGGGAGCUCUUGCUCUGCGGGAUGUGAGUGCUUGUUGUUGUGCUACCUGAGUUACGCUCUAAACUUUCGGAGGGAGCUGGGAUGAAAGGCUGUUCUGUUCUUGAAAUAAAAGUGACUGAUAGUAAA